AACACAAAGGCUGAUGACGUACUACGCACACACAAAUUAAAAGAGAAAGAAACCUGAAAUGGCCCCAGCAGUAAUUCGUAUUUGUUGUGUCGCCGUGCGAUGGACUCCCGUAAUAUUUAUUUCCGCCAUAGUCGUCUGGUCCUACUAUGCAUAUGUCGUGCAGAUGUGCUUUCUGACUGUUGAGAGUAUUGCAGAGAGAGUGUUAUACUUGUUGCUGUUCCAUCCAUUUAUAGUGAUGUUUGCUUGGUCAUACGCUAAAACUAUAUUUACACCAGUCGGCAGAGUGCCAAAAGUGUUUUUCUUGCCCAGCCAGUUGGCUGACAGACUGAUGCGAGAAAGUGAGGAGGACCAGAAGAAUACACUGAUAGAAUUUGCCAGGAACAAUAACCUGCCAGUCCAAAACAGAACACAUAUUGGGGCCCCUCGUUAUUGUGAGAAGUGCAAGUGUAUCAAGCCAGACAGAAGCCAUCACUGCUCAGUAUGUGGAACAUGUGUCCUCAAGAUGGACCACCACUGUCCAUGGGUGAACAACUGUGUGGGCUUUACAACAUAUAAGUUCUUUGUCAUGUUCCUGGGGUACGCUUUACUGUACUGCCUGUUUGUAGCAGUCACCUCUCUCAAGUACUUCAUACAGUUCUGGUCGGGUGGUGUAGGAAACAACAUGGGCAAGUUCCAUGUAUUGUUCCUGUUCUUUGUGGCGGUGAUGUUUGCCAUCAGUCUGAUAUCGCUGUUUGGCUACCACUGCUACUUGACGGCCAAAAACAGGUCCACCCUAGAAUCUUUCAGGUCUCCCAUAUUCCAGUCUGGGCCAGACAAAAACGGCUUUAGUUUAGGAAAAUAUAACAAUUUUAUUGAAAUAUUUGGAGAAAACAAGUUGAUGUGGUUUGUCCCCACAUUCACAAGUGAAGGAGACGGGGUGACCUUUCCUACACGCACCGCUAGCUCAUCGCUCUCCUAUCAAACCAUGGGAAACACCACUCCUACAGCCAUUCCAAGUGCUGGUGAUGGAGUGACCUUCCCCACUAGAACAGUAGACCUGGACUCUGACGGUCUGUUGGCUGACAGACAGCGCUGGAUGGAGGAGGGAGAGCUUGAUUCACACCUCAACAAUGGCAGCAAUGCUCUGACCACGUCUAGUCAAAACCUCUUAAAUACCUCUGAAGAGUGAGGACCAGGAGAACUAUUUAUAAGAAAUAAGUUACAUAAGCUAUGGAUCAAACAGAUACCUGGAUCAUGACAAAUUAUGAUGAACCGGUAUUACUAAACAUUGAACGAACUAGUGAUCUUUUCGUGGCAACUGCAGUGGAUGGUAUAACACAUUGCCAGAUGUGAACUAAUUUUUUGGUGUAGUGUUGCCUGUUCGUUGAGGCAAGACCACACCAUAUUGUACCUUCAGCUUUGUUGUCUGUGUCCAUGGGUUAUCAUUUUAUUUGUGUAGUGCGUUUCCAUCCGUGUUCUUGUAAAUACAGAUAAGAUACUAGUAUAAGUUGUGCUUUUGAGGAUUGCUUGUUCAUUUACUAUUUUUACGUAUUUAUAAUAUUAAUGCAAUGGAUUACGUAAUAGUAGGCAUGAACACCACAUUUAAGUUCUUUGACUUUUCUGUAAGAGUUCUUCUAAUAACAUCAUCAUGAAAACUAUUUUUGAAUGGAUGUUUAACAUUAAUAUCUUGUUGUUUUAAUGGUCUUAAUACUACUCCAAAAAUACUAAGGUAUAUUUCAUAAUUAAUUAGGCAACGAUAAUGUCUUUCAUCUAAGAGUGUACAUAACCAACUUUAUAUUGUAAAUUUAUGUUAAGUUUGAAUGUUGUUCAUAUAAUGAAAGGUUAUUUAGCUCUACUGAGGAAAGUAUCUAGAGCUAAGAAAAAUUUAUUACUGCUUGAAAUGUGUUUCAUUAGUGAGACUUUUACCACCUCAUGUUUCAGUAGUUUGAAUUUUUAGGCAGGAUUCAGACAUUGAGAAUUCAGGCAGUCCAAAAAAAAGCCAAAGCGAAAGUUGUUUGUUAUUUGCUAGCUGGUCCCAUGAAUGACUUAUUAUUGCAUAUUAUUAUAUUCAUAUUAUUAAUGAAUUAUUGCACUGACAAAGGUCCCUAAACAUUUGCAUGUACGAAAGUCGGUCAAUAAAUGUGUAUAUUUUUUGGCUGGAGUAUAUGUGCAGGAUAUGCAAUAACAUGACAUAGAACAACUUAAAACAGUGUGGUGCUGUUUGAAAAACUUUCAUGACCUACCUAGUUCUGCUCUAUGAAUGUCAACUAGGUUUUUAUUACAUGGACAAUGUGACCGGACCAAAUGUCCAAUUGUGUGUAAGUGAACUGACUGAUUUAAUAAGACAGAUAUACCAAUCCAAAAAGUGAAAUUUUCUAGUGUAUGUUGCAGUUUCAAGAACCUGGUGAGGACUCCUGAUAAUUGUUAAGAGCAUGGAUUAAUGUUUAUUCAAUUUAAUUUAAAAUCCAUUCCUCAUGUUUUCUUACUGAGUAAUUUGUACUUUGUCUUUUUUUCUGUAUUUAGAUAUUCUCUUAGCUUGUUUUUAUACAUUGUAUCAUAUUAUUUGAGUUUUCCUGUCACUGUGCUUUGGUUACAAUACCAAUAGUUUACAGGUACAAUUCACAUCUUGUAAGUAGCUGCCCAGAGUAAGUUGUGUUUGGGUCCAUUUUGAACAGAAAUGAGUAGCUAUAAUUUUUAUUAUAUUAUUAUUUUAAACAAUUAGGCUAUAAUAGAACAUUCAAUCACAUUUGAUAGAUGGUGUAUCUUAUGAUGUUACUGUAAUAUAUUUUAAAGCAAUAAUUGAACGUAUUUUGCUACUGUUAACAUCUAUCACAAAUGAUAAUGGUAUCUGUAUUGUUGUGGUUAUAUGUAUUGUUGGUUAGAAGUGUACAGAUAUUUAGCUAUAAAAUGCCUUUGCACACCAGUUUGAUUUAUUAACCCUUUCCCCACUCAGAGGCAAAGUGAAAUUGCUCUGUGCAAAUAGCAUAUAACCAGAACAGCCUGCAAGUAACUCGUAGUCUGUUCAGGUUUUAUGCUGUUUGCUAUUCAUCAGUAUCUUAGGGUUGGAUAUGGAGCCUUUAAAACUUGAAUCUAGUAAGAAAGGUCUUCAAUUAAAUGAAACUUUCUAAGGGAAUACAAACGCUAAAAAAUACCUAUCUAAGGGGUAAAAGGGUUAAGGUUGGAUGAAAAAAAACUUCCAUACAAAAGUUUUUAUUUAUUUUAGGUUUUAAUGAGCAAAGCUGUUUGUUCUAUAACUUUUUAAGUCUUCUUUAGUUAGAUUUGUUUAUUCAACAAGUGCAACACAUGUUUUGAAUUAUUAAACAACCAUGGGCUAUUCCCUUUU